CUUCACCAACGCUCCAGCACACACAUCUCCCUCGCUCACUUCUCAUAAAGGUGGAUGAAGGUUCUUGUCCCCGGCGCUGUGGUGGUGGUGGCGCUGCUACUGCUGCUGCUGCUACCACCCACCACCACCACUCACCACCACCACCACUAUCACCACCAUCAUCACUACAACCACACUACCACACAAGGUGUGUGGGGGGUCGAGUCAUGGUUGGCCGCCUACAACCAUCACCUGGAGGUUCUGAAGAGAAGGAACGCAGCUGCACUCUGGGAGUCCCUCACUCACCCUACAGAAGAAGGCAACCAUCACCUGCAGGAAGCCCAGACUGUCCUGGCGGCAUGGGGUGAGGUGCGGCGGCGGGAGGCGGACAAGCUGCGACCUCAAGCUGUGACCCGCAGAGAGAGCCGUAUGUUGUACCUUAUAACCCGCGGUCCACGGUACACUUCACACCAGGCCAGGUACCUGUCUAGGUUGGUAUCCCGCAUGCGGCGCAUAUACUCCUCCUUCACACUUAAUCGCGGCAACACAACUUACCGCAACCAGAGGGACCUCACAGCCCUCAUGAGGACCUCCCGGGACCCCGAAGUCUUGGCGUGGGCGUGGAGGGCGUGGCACGAUGCUCUUGGACCACCCAUGCGCCCACUCUACGUUCAAGCAGUCAGUAUAAUGAACCAGGCUGCAAGGAACGCCGGUUACGAAGAUAUGGGUGAUGCUUGGCGAAGGGAGCUAGAGCUCGGCAGAGAUGUGGACGUGUGGGCACUGGUUGAGAGGCUGUACACCCAGGUAGCACCUCUGUACACCUUGCUGCACGCACAUGUACGGAAUGCACUGGCUGAGCUGUAUGGUCAAGACCUGGUUGAUCUUGCUAGACCCAUCCCGACUCACCUGCUGGGAGACUUGUGGGGCCAAGACUGGUCGUCCCUACUGGAGUUGAUUCUUCCUGACGAGGGAGAGACUGACACAUCCGCUUAUCUCAGCACCACGCCCAUAUCCACGCCCAUACCCACGCCCACACCCACGCCCAUACCCACGCCCACACCCACGCCCUUACCCACGCCCACACCCACCAACCUUACUGCCAGAGAUAUGGUCAAGGAGGCCGAGAAUUUUUUUCACGGUCUUGGGUUCCCGCCACUGCCGCCCAAGUUCUGGAUGAAGUCUGUGCUGGGUGAGGGAGAGGACCUGCCUGCAGGAGGCUGUCAGGACCGCUCUCUAGAUAUGUUUGCCCCGGCAGAUUUCAGGAUGAUGCUGUGUGAGGCUGCUGAUGAGGAGGGUGAGAGAGUCGCCUACCAUGAACUAGGUCACCUCCACUACUUCCAAGCCUACGCUGACCAGCCUACAGUCUUCAGGGAUGGUACUAACUCCGCCUUCCAUGAGACCAUUGGUGACACUCUCCAGCUAUCUGCCAUGACCUCAUCUCACCCUGCUGCCGUCACUCCUCUCUCCCCCGCUGCCGUCACUCAUCACACCAUCACUCAGGGUCCCGUCACAGCUCACGGUCCCUCUACAACCAUCACACGUGGAGAGCUGAGACAGCUUCUGAAGGUGGCACUGACUAAGUUACCACUGCUCGCCUUCGCCAGGGUGGUGGACGAGUGGCGCUGGAGAGUGUUCCAGGGGGCGGUACAGAAGGAAGAGUACAACAGGUCGUGGUGGCUGCUCAAGUACCACUACCAGGGAGUUACUCCCCCAAGCCCACGCUCUGAGGACGACUUCGAUCCUGCAGCCAAGUUACACGUCCCAGAUAACACUCCCUACGUCAGAUAUCUGGUAGCUGUGGUGGCGCAGUUCCAGGUGCACAAAGGCCUAUGCGAGGCAGCCUAUGGACGACCCCUUCCCAUACCUGCCCACACCUGUAAUAUUGCUGGCUCCCUCCAGGCAGGAGACCUCCUCAGGGGCGUCAUGGGCUGGGGAUCGUCUGUGGCGUGGACAGAGGUGAUGGAGACACUGACAGGCCAUCCACACCUGGAUGCCACGCCCAUGCUGGAGUUCCUGGCGCCCCUCACCCACUGGCUGCACGCCCAUGCCCACAACCUCACCCUGGGCUGGUAACAAUGAUGUGAAGAACCUCGCCCCGGACUGUCAACACUGCAGUGGAGGAUCUCACUCUGAGCUGGUAUGACUGGUGU